CAAAUUGUAAUUCUGUAUAGUUUGGUCCUGCUGCAUCAGUGGCCAUGCGACCGCAUGACAAAAGGAUCAAGAUGGCCAUGGAAAGGCGCGAGGAUGCCAUCGAAGCCUUCAAAAGAGGUCGUCUCAUUGAGGCAGAUGAAGCCUACGGUGAGGCCAUCCAGUGUGUUGAGGAUCAGGGCGGACCCGGAAGACUCGGAAGACCCAGAUCAAUAUCUGGGCAAGAACAUGAGGAGCAACUUUUGGCAGAUUGUCUCUCAAACCGUGCCCAGUGCAUCCUUGAUAUGGCCCAGGGAAAAGGUAUUCUUCCGGACGGAACACCUUUCUCAUCCCAGUUCGAGAAGAAGGAGCACUUCGAAUACUUCAAACGCCAAGCCCUACAGCAGGCGGAAGAAUGUGCUGAGAAGGCGUGCUUGGUUUGGUGUGAUGAGCGAAGCUUAUUCCGACUAGGACUGGCCAGGAUGCUGACGGCUCAGACUGCUCGAGUCGAGGCCUUGUGGGUCAUGAAAGAGGACAACAACGAGAUUAUGAAAGAUGCCGGAAGGUGUUUCCUCAAAGCAUUGAAGUCGAGACCAAAUGCUCAAACAGAAAAGAUGCUGCAAGAAGUGAAAGAUUGGCUUGCUCAAAGAGAUGUCUUUACUUUGUACCCUGAGUACGUUUGAACGUUUCCUCUCUGAUUAGAGCUUGCAGUAUGGACGUCCAUGGGCCUAGAUUGGACGCCACAUCCUGUAGCAACUGCCACUAGCAGCCUUUACGGAGAAGACCCGAGCUUGGUGCCGGAAAA